UGGUACUUGCAGACUUGCAGUUGCAGUGCGAUGUGGAAGAAGAGGGCGACCGUCUCGCUCGUACACGCCAGUCGAUCGUCCGGCUUGAACAUACACACGGAUGCCAAGCUUCAAGGCAGCCGUGCUCUCACCGAGAGGAAAUGGGACGCUGUGGUCGUAGGUGCUGGACACAAUGGCUUGACUGCUGCUGCUUACCUCGCCAAAUCGGGCCUGAAAGUGGCAGUCCUCGAGAGGCGCCAUGUCAUCGGCGGAGCUGCCGUCACCGAGGAGCUCAUCCCUGGUUUCAAGUUUUCCCGAUGCAGUUAUCUACAGAGCCUUCUCCGCCCUUGCAUUGUCCGGGAGCUUGAGUUGUCGCGCCAUGGGCUAAAGUUACUGAAAAGGAAUCCGUCAUCAUUCACACCUUGCCUGGAUGGACGCUAUCUUCUUUUGGGUCCUGAUGAAGCGCUGAAUUAUUCAGAAAUCUCUAAAUUCUCGAGACGUGAUGCUAUUGCCUACCCAAGGUAUGAGGAACAACUGCAGAACUUUGUGAGAUUGAUGGAACAUCUUUUAGAUUCAACACCUCCUGAGUUGAGGCGCGAUGUGCCAACCUUUGUUGAUCAUAUGACUGAUAAGUUAAAAAAGUCAUUAUUUUGGUGCCAUUUCCUUAAGAAGGUCUUCAAGCUGGGCUACGGAGAUGCUGUGGAUUUUGUUAACCUUUUAGUUUCCCCAGCAUCCAGAGUUCUAAAUAAUUGGUUUGAGGGUGAUGUUCUCAAAGCAACAUUGGCGACAGAUGCCGUAAUUGGUAGCAUGUCGAGUGUUUGCACACCAGGUAGUGGAUAUGUUCUGCUGCAUCAUGUGAUGGGAGAAUCUGAUGGUGAUCGUGGCGUGUGGUCGUAUGUUGAAGGCGGGAUGGGUUCGAUAUCAAUGGCCAUAGGACGUGCGGCAUGUGAAGCAGGGGCUCACAUAGUAACUAAUGCAGAGGUUGGAAAAUUGUCCAUAGAUGAGAACUCUGGGAGAGUAAAUGGCGUUAUCUUGGCGGAUGGUUCACAUGUUCACACAUCAUCUGUUUUGUCUAAUGCCACUCCACAUGUCACAUUUAUGAAACUGGUGCCUGAGGGUAUUCUUCCUGAAGAAUUUGUACAUGGUAUCAACAGUAUUGAUUACAGCUCCGGUACUACUAAAAUAAACGUAGCACUGGAUAAACUUCCUCAAUUUCGCUCCUGCAGCACAAGCUUGCUCGAGGUUGGACCUCAACAUGUUGGUACCAUACACAUAGCUUCUGAAAGUAUGGAGGAUAUUGAUAGAGCUCACAGAGAUGCUUUGAACGGUUUACCAUCACAGCGACCUCUUAUUGAAAUGACUAUUCCUUCUGUACUGGACAAAACUAUAUCUCCACCUGGUAAGCAUGUUGUCAACUUGUUCAUCCAAUACACCCCUUACAAACCAACCGAUGGUUGCUGGCAGGAUUUAUCAUUCAGGGAAUCGUUUGCUCAAAGGUGUUUCUCUUUAAUUGAUGAAUAUGCCCCUGGAUUCAGUUCAUCAAUCAUUGGUUAUGAUAUGUUGGCACCACCUGAUCUUGAAAAGCAAUUUUAUUUGACAGGAGGUAACAUCUUUCAUGGUGCAAUGACCUUGGAUUCUCUGUUCCUUUUGAGGCCUAUCAAAGGAUGGUCUAACUAUAGAUCACCUGUGCGAGGGCUUUAUUUGUGUGGAAGUGGAGCACACCCAGGAGGUGGGGUAAUGGGUGCACCUGGUCGUAAUGCUGCACAUUGUGUUCUUCAAGAUAUGAAACGGUCACUAGGGUCUUCCUAACAAGGCUGGAUGGAGUUUUGAACAUUUUACUACCUGUGUCAGUGUUACACUUUUCGUUUUCUUCUUCACUUUGCAAUGGGCAGACCAGAUAACAAUAAGCUCUUUAUGUGUGACGCAGUCUGUUAGUAAACUUCAUGUUCUUUCUCCUGUUGCUUGAAUAUUGUCUGCAUCAUUGGAAAAUAAAUGGCUAUAUAUGUAUGUGCUGGAUUGAGGAUAACUUGUUCACUGUAGCUGCCUUCUGAUACAUGCAGCAAAAUUACUCUGGGUAAAGCUUUGCGUUUUUCUUUUUAACUGCAUUGUAUUGGAUAUUAAUUCUA